AUGCAAAGGAGACGAAGGCGUGUGCUGGACACCUCUGUGGCCUACGUACGAGGAGAAGAGAAUUUAGCUGGGUGGCGACCCCGUAGUGACAGUCUCAUCUUGGAUCAUCAAUGGGAACUGGAAAAAUUGAGUCUUCUACAAGAAGUUGAGAAAACAAGACAUUAUCUGCUCUUGCGUGAGAAGCUGGAGACAACUCAGCGCUUAGGUCUGGAUUCCUUAUCCUCAAGUUCCAGUGAAGAGUCUGAUUCCCGCAGCACAUCUUAUGUCUCAUCUCCAAUCUCUGCAGAUGGUACCCCAGAAGGGAGGCCUUUACCUCUUGACAUUCCUAGUGAGAGACAGAAAGAACUUGCAGUCAAGUGCUUGCGCCUUCUUACACACACUUUCAACAGAGAAUAUAGCCAUAGCCAUGUGUGUGUCAGUGCAAGUGAGAGCAAGUUAUCUGAAAUGUCAGUGACUUUGCUGAGAGACCCUUCCAUGUCAGGCCUUGGUAGUGCUACUUUGACCCCCUCUUCAACUUGUCCAUCCCUGAUUGAAGGCCAUUAUAGUGCUACAGAAGCCAGAACUCUGCAGCUCCCUUCCAGGGCAGAAAGUCCUGAAAUUGAGCUCACAGUUGAAGGAGAGAAGAAGAAAUCCCCUGCCUGCGGGCCUGAGGAUGAUAAAGAAAUCCAGCGCCUGUUGGUUCCUGAUAUUCAAGAGAUUCGGGUCAGCCCUAUUGUCUCCAGAAAAGGCUACCUACACUUUCUGGAACCCCAUACAAAUGGGUGGGUGAAGCGCUAUGUGGUUGUGAGACGCCCCUAUGUCUACAUCUACAACGGCGACAAAGAUUCUGUGGAGAGAGCAGUCCUCAAUCUCUCAUCAGCUCAGGUGGAGUACAGUGAAGACCAGCAGGCAAUGCUAAAAACGCCUAACACCUUUGCAGUGUGCACUGAACAUCGUGGAAUUCUGUUGCAAGCAAGCAAUGAUAAGGACAUGCAUGAUUGGCUAUAUGCAUUUAACCCUCUCCUGGCUGGAUCAAUAAGGUCCAAAUUGUCGAGACGAACAACAACCCAGGCAAGAAUUUAA